UCUCUAUGUAGUCUUCAUGAAUCAUGGUGUAUUCUCAACAAUAUUUUCCUUGAUUGUCGAUUUGCCGUAGCUUCUUUGGAAAAUUUUACAAAAAAAAUCUACCACGUCAAAUGACGUUGUAUUUUAUCAUCGAAUCUCCAUUGUAAAAAAAAUAUAAAACUGAUAAAUAGGUGGAUUUACAAAAGUAUAAUGUACAAUAAUAUGCCAGUUUAUUCACGUAAUAGAUGAUAAACCACGGUGUGUUUUACAUUUUGCAUUAAUAUUAUUAUUUAUUAAACAGUGUCACAUGCUGACAUAUGGAGGUGUUGACUUACUUUCCAAAGGUAGUAAAAAAAAUAAAAAAAAUAAAAGCUGCAAAAUAGAACACAAGAGUCAAAUCAAAAUGAUUAAUCGAAUGAAAAAAUAUUGACGAUAAUCAUCUAAAUAUGAAUUUCAGAUAUAAUGUUAAAAAUAAACAAAUAAUAAUAUUAUCAUUUAAAACAAUUAACAAAUAUUUAUUUAUCUAAAUUGAUAAUUUAUAUAAUCAAAAAACAAUGGAUUUUCUACAAGUAUUGUCUGUAGCACAAAAAAAUAGCAACAUCAAACAGAAUGUCAAUUAUUAUUCAACAAAAUUUGGACCACCAAAAAAAGACAAUAAAGAAAAACGUUUGUCAGAUGGAAUUAAAAAAUUUCUUGCUAAAAAAGAAGAAGAAGAAAAACAAAAAGCAUUAGAAGAAAAGAAAAAAAAACUGAAUUUAUUAUCACUGAGAGAUCAAAAGGCACAAAAUAGAAUAAAUAAACAUUUAAAAGUAUGUAAAUCAGCAAAUAAAUCAGUUCUCGCAGAUGCAAUAAAUACUGAAGACACUGCAAUUACCAUGGCUGGUCCUUCACAGCCAGACGAGGAUGAUUAUGGUUAUGUAUCACAAGAAGCAAAUGCAUUUUAUAAUAAAUUAAUGAACAAAUAUAAUAAUUUACCACCAGAAAAACCAUUAUUUAGUAAUACUGGUAAAAAAGUUGUAAAAGAUAUUGCAUCAACAAAAGAUCGUGUUAAACAAGCACUUAAACAACAAGAAAUUGAAGAAAGUUUACCACAUCGUAGAAAAAGAAAAUCAACAACAAAUACAACAAAUGAUAAAGAUAUACAACGUGAAAAAGAUUAUAAUGAUAAAGAUAUAAAAUUAAAUGAUAAAGAUGAUAAACCAAAACCUAAAAAACGUCCACCACCACCACCAGAUUUUAUGACAUUAUUAAAAAUAGCUGAAAAAAAACAAUAUGAACCAAUAAUUAUUGAACAAAAACCAAAAAUUGAAGAAAAAGAAAGAUUAAUGACGAGAAAAGAAUUAAUUGAAUAUCAAAAAGAAAAAGAUAAACGUGAACAAAGAGAACGUGAUAAAAAUAUUGAUAAUAAUACGACAAAAUUAUUAAAUUCAAAUUCAACAAUAAAUGGUAAUAGUAAACUUGCUAAAGCAUUAACUAGUAAAAUAAUAAAAUCAUCUUCAAAUGAUAUUAAUAAAAAAUCAACAACUACAAUAAGUGAUAAUAAAAAAUUACCAAAAUUCAUAACACAAAUGCCAAAACGUAAUAAUGAAAAAUUACCAGAUAAAUUAUCAUUAAUAAAAUCUAAUGAAAAAGAAUCAAUUUUACUUGAACGUAAAAAAAUUGAAGCUGAAAGAAAAGAACUUGAAGCAAUGAGACGUGAAAUGGAAGAAGAAAAACGUAAAUUAGAAAUGGAAAAACGAAAAAAAAUUGAUGAUGUACGUUCAUCAUCAUCAUCAUUAUCAAAUCUUAAAAAAGUGCCAAAAUUAACUGAUAAAAAUGAUAAAUCAUCUAGUUUAAAUAAUAAAAAUAUAAAACAAAAACAAUUUCCACCAGCUGAUGUUAAACCAAGACAAUUUCCUCCAGCUGAUGUACGUCCAAGACAAUUUCCACCAGCUGAUGUACGUCCAAGACAAUUUCCUCCGUCAGAUGUUAGAAAUAAUAAAUCACUUAAAAAUGGUAGACCAAUUAAUAAAAGAAGAAUUUAUGAUGAUAGUGAUGAAGAAUAUGAUUCUGAACUUGAUGAUUUUAUUGAUGAUGGACCACAAGGAGAAGGAGAAGAUUAUAGUAAAUAUAUUAGUGAAAUAUUUGGUUAUGAUAAAAAUAAAUAUAGGCAUAUUGAUGAUGAAGAUGACAAUAUGGAAACUACAUAUGCACAACAAUUAAAAGAAGAAUUUGUAUCAACAAAACUAGGAAUAAUGGAAGAUCUUGAAGAUAUUCAAAAAGAAGCAUUAGAAAAAAAACGUAAAUUAGGUAUGAAAAAGAAAAAAAAAUAAAAAAAAAAAAACAUUUUUAUAAAUAGAAAUAAAUAUUUUUUUUUUUUAUGAGAAUAUUUUCUUAUUGAGAAAAAAAAUUUAUACAAUUUAGUUAUAAACUAUAAUAUAGUUUUAAAAUAAUCAAUAAAUUAUAAAAAUUUUUAUCAUAAAAUCUUUAUUAAAAUGAAAAAAAAAAAAAAAAAAAAAUCUUUUUUUCAAACAAUUGUACAUGUUCAUUAGGAUUUAAGGAGCAUUUACACAUUUAUUUUUAUGUUAUAUAUUGUGGAUAAAAGAAAUGUCGAACAAGAAAAAAAAAAAAAAGAACAACUCAUUUAAUUGUACAAUUAAUUUCAAUUCAUAAAAAAAUUAAGAUAUUUAAAAUUUUUUAUUUCAUAAAGAUAAAUUCAUCACACACAAACAUAUAGUAAAAUAUUACGACUGUAUACAAUCAUUACAUCUAUAAUUACUUCACUCAAAUUAAAUAACUACGUAAUUGUUUUUUUUUUUUUUGUCCGAGUUGAUUAUGUUCAAACACAUUUAUUGUAUUAUUAUGAAUAAAUAAGUAUUUAAAAA